GAAUAUUUCCAACAAUGUACUCAGUACUCAACAUGAGCUGUUUAAUAAAAGAUAAGAAGAUUAAUAAUAUUUUGGGUGUUGUAGGGUUCAUCUUCUUGUUCAUUUGUCGUUGUGAGGCACAAACGUCGCAACUAGCACCGUGUUUCUUCAUCUUUGGGGACUCAUUGGUCGACAAUGGAAACAACAAUGGAAUUCUCACGCUCGCAAGGGCCAAUUACAGGCCCUACGGCAUUGAUUUCCCUCAAGGCACCACCGGCCGAUUCACCAAUGGUCGCACUUUUGUUGAUGCUCUCGCUCAACUCUUAGGCUUCCCAAACUACAUUCCUCCUUAUGCUCGAAUCCGAGGAAAUGAACUCCUAAGAGGAGCAAAUUUCGCAUCAGGUGCUUCUGGUAUUCGAGAUGAAACCGGCAACAAUCUGGGUGCUCAUUCUUCAAUGAAUAGGCAAGUUAGCAAUUAUGGAAGAACAGUGGAAGAGCUAAGGAGGGCUUUUAGGGGAGACAAUGGUGCUCUAAGUGCUUACUUGAGCAAAUGUAUAUUCUACUCUGGAAUGGGAAGCAAUGACUAUCUCAACAACUAUUACAUGACCAAUUUUUACUCCACUUCUAAGCAAUUCACUACUACAGCUUAUGCUAACGCCCUACUUCAGGAUUAUUCACGUCAACUAACGACUCUUUAUAACUUGGGUGCUCGCAAAGUUAUUGUGGCUUCAGUGGGACAAAUCGGAUGCAUACCAUAUCAGUUGGCUAGAUACACUGGAAAUAACACCAAGUGUAAUGAGGAUAUCAACAAUGCAAUUAGUCUCUUUAACUCGGGGGUGAGGAAAAUGGUUGACAAUUUCAAUGGUGGCCAGCUUCCUGGCGCUAAGUUCGUAUAUCUUGAUUCGUAUAAGAGCUCGAAUGACCUAGUCGCAAAUGCUGCAUCCUAUGGAUUUGAGGUUAUAGACAAAGGAUGUUGUGGCGUGGGAAAGAAUAACGGACAGAUAACAUGUCUUCCUCUCGAAGAACCGUGCGAUGACCGCACCAAAUACUUGUUUUGGGAUGCUUUUCAUCCCACGGAGAAUGCCAACAUCAUCUACGCGAAACAAGCUUUCUCUUCCAAUUCUAAAUCUUAUGCAUACCCCAUCAACAUACAACAAUUGGCUGCAUUGUAAUGAGUUUCUUUUACGGACACUCAGAAUCAUGUGUUUCAGAAUCAUGUAUUUUAGAUGUCAUUCUUAAAUGUUUCAAAUGAAUAAUAAACCUUAUGUGCCCAUAAUGAUCUUUAUUGGAAGAAAUUGUUC